CUCCUCUCGUCUAUAAUUAAUUAAUCAUCCCUGUCCCUUCCCAGCAAAGGAUCGCUUUGAUUGACAACGAAGCUCCAAUUACGGCCGUGUCAUUUGAUAGAUUCCUCUACGGUGACAAUUGAACCUGUCACUUCUAGACCCUACAUAAGCAGGCAUCCAGAUUCCGGUGACCGCUAAAACGGCAAAGAUCGAUUCGUCGACAGGCCUUGUUACCUCCGAUGAGUCCGUUGUCAUUCGCAGGUUCCAUUCAUUCACUGUGCAGAGCAAUUCCGCUCCUGUGUAUUGACGUCGUCGGCUGCACCGUGUCACUAUGACCACCCCCACCACAAUCGAGGUCAACGGUGUCAGACUCGCCUACCGCCAGUCGGGCCAGGGCGAGCCGUUGGUACUCGUGCACGGCCACAUUUCCGAUAUGAGGAGCUGGGCGGCGCUCGAGGAAAGGCUGGCCCAGUACUUUUGCGUGUACGCGUACAGCAAGCGGUUCGCAUGGCCUAAUGAGCCCAUCGCCGAGGGCGAGCCUCAGCCGUGGGAGCGUGACGCCGACGACCUGGUGGCGUUUGUCCGGGCCCUCGACGUCGGAUCGGUCCACGCCGUGGGCAAUUCCUCCGGCUCGACAAACAUCCUCUGUGCCGCGCGUCGAGAACCUCAACUGUUUCGGACGUUAUCGUUGGAGGAACCGCCGCUGAUUACGCUCUUUUAUCCCACGCUCCCGCCGACCCUGUUCGAUACGCUCUCGUUCCUGUUCCGCCAUCCAGUCUCCUUUUGGCCUGUGACCGUCUACGGGGCGACCACCAUCGGUCCGGCCAUCGAGCACGCCAAACGCGGCGACGACAGCCGAGCAUUCACGACCUUUGGCAGUGGCUGUCUGGGCAAGUUUUGGACCGAGGCCAUGGCCAACCAGGACCGCCGACGACAACUCGAGGACAAUGCCAAGUGGUUGUGUCACUUUUGCCGGUACUCUUCAUUGCCGGCUUACACGCCGCAAGACGCCCGAGAUCUCAAACUGCCCACGUUGGUCCUGACGGGGACAGAAGGUCCUUGCUUUCAACGUUAUAUCGAUUCCGAGUUUGUGCGCCUCUGCGGGUCUGCGAAGAAGAGAGAGGUACGAAUCCCGGGUGCUGGACAUUUGGUGCACGAAAAUCAACCGGACCUGGUGUUUGACGAGGUGAUGAAGUUCAUCUCGGAAAUCAGGGCGACCUAAUACCGCACGUUCAUAUGUCCAUUGAGACCCUGCUGAGAAGGUGGACGACUUUUAAAGACCUGAAGAACUGGAGGGGGCAGAGCAACUGAAGGAAGAAUUUCUGUCGUUACGAUAUGACAUCUCGUGCCUCGAAAAGAGGUGGCAUGCCACCUUGAACCUAGUUCACCCAAGUACCGACCCAUGGAGUGGCCCGACAAUUGGAUCUAGAGUGGUACGAGGACUUUAGGUUUCCACCUUUCCGCUAUUGACUAUCGCUGUGUCUUGAUUAAUAGGUAGGUAGAAAAGUCCUGGGAGCUCAUUUAAAAUCUGGGCGCAUUGUAGACAAUUUCCAGCGAUGAUGAUGGGCGGCAAGCCAUCUAAGCCACUGCUUUUUAUGCGGUAAAGCAGAGUUGAUAUAUGGUCGGAACUUCGUUCGGUACGAUUGAUGGGACGGUGGGACGCCUUUUGACACCUUCAAGGCACUCCUCCAGCCCAGAAUAUCGUCCGACCAAAGACCUUUGUUGUAGGAGGACGAGCUCCCACCUCCACACGGUCUCCGCCGUGAACUCUCCGAGAAACGGUCUGGCCAUCUCAAAGUGCCAGGAGGAGCUCAACAAGGCGGUGAUCCUCUCAUGAACGACGCGUCGAAGUCCCGAAAAUCACCCUAAAAUCAACCUCUGCCCCUCACGAAACACUCGACAUACAGCCCCAGUACGUGGGAAGGGAUUGGCGCCCCUUCCAUGUACGCCCACGAUGGAGAACGUACUUGAGUCUCUCGUUUUCGUGCCUGACUGCAGUUUACGGUGCCAGAGCGUGAAGAACACGCGACGAAGAGGCGGAGUCAACAAAAGACAGACAAUCAACAUGAAAUCACUGCAAUCACCAAGGAGGCGCAUCCAUCUCCUCCAUUCCUUCCAUCAACAAGGCGUCGACACCUCGAAAACUACCCUCCGAGCCUCCUGAAACACCCAACAUUACAGCCCCGGUAUGCGGGAAGAGAGUGGUACCUCUCAUGUACAUGGCUUGACGGAAGAUGGACUUAUCCACUCCGUCUUCCAGCCCGACCAUGGUUUGCGGUAUCGGAGAGAGCGCACGGCGAAGAGACGGAGUUGAAGGGCAAGAGAAGGUUCAUUACACAGAACAAUCACACCAGACAGAGGAAAACACAGUUUGAAAAGAUCCCCAUAUUGAAUCAUCCUAUGACUACCAACACCACCCAUAGCUCGGAACAAAUCUUCAAGACACGUCACAUACUGCCACUUGUACAGCUGGCCGACAUCGCGUCACGCCAUCCACGCGAAGGACGCCGUGACGAAGCGUCCGGUUGCUGAUGGGUGUCUCGAUCGUUAAGAGCGAGCCCAGACCCGAGGGACAUCGACGAGCAUGCCCCGGACACUUCAAAGUACUUCCACUCCGGUCCCAUCGGCACUUCAUAAAGCGUAUUACCAAACAAGCAACUAUUGCACGGGGCAGCCGACCGCAUAGGUAGCUCAGCGAUAAAGAGUAUAGACAUACAGAACAAACUGGACGGGCACCGUGGAUCACGUCCGGCGAUCACGUCCACGGUACGCGCAUACACCCGCGCAGACGAGUG